AUGAGUAUAGAAGAAAGAGGAAGGUCAAGAGAAGGAAGGAAACUUGACAAGAGACAAGAACAGUCUACAAGAAAUGGAAGGGUCACUAACGAUCCCGAAGCGACGUCGCCCAAGAACCUGAUCAUGAAUAUGUUACUUGCUGUUUACUGCAGAGAUGUCUAUGGUAUCUUCAGCAUCGGUAGGUGUCGGGUUCUAUCUGGUGUAUGCUACGCACUUGAAUUCGCGAAGAAUCCUGUAUGUAUGCUAGAACCGGUGAUGCAGAUCUCCUGUCAGUCUGGACAGACGAUCCCUGUCAUCGGGGUGGAUGUUCCUGCAUGUGCUUACCCACUUGGCUUUUUCUCUGGCUGCAGCGGAUACGGCAUGGAUACUUCCCCGAAAACCCGGCUCCAGUUGGCUUCCCUUCCCCUCUUGUGGAAUCUACACAUCAACUCCGUGGGCAGCGAACAGAUUCCUUCUCAGCCGGACCAAAGUCAUUUCCCUCUUCUGUCCACAGAUUCUUGUGGAAUGCUCCACAGUCUUCCACAGAAAAUGACGGAGAGGUACUUCUCCCUUCUCUUGAAUCUGUGGAAUAUAGCCUGUCAGCUCAAUAAAAGUCAAGUCACUAAUUCUCAGAGUCUGUGUAGUCCGCAAGCCAGAUUUCUGACCUGUCGCUCAGUCGCCUGUUUGACUGACUGCCAUUGCUGUGGUCCCAAAAGAGGCGGGCCAUCAUGCCUUGACAUUCACUGA